AUGUUAAAAAUUGCACAGCUUGUGAGAAUUAAAUUAUCAGAUGAUGAAAUUGAAUUUUAUUCUAAGGAGCUAAUUAUGCUGGACUGGAUACAUGAUACUUUAGCAAAAGUCAAUAUUAAAGGUGUUACUCCUAUACGUUAUGGUAGUAUUAAUAAGGAUAUUCACGUGCGUGAUGAUAUUGUAGACUCUUGCAAUAUUAAAAAAGAGAUAUUGUCCAAUGCAAAGUCUGAAGAUGGGUAUUUUGUUGUACCAAAA